AUGAGUGAUAUUCGCGAGUUUUCAGCGGAUACUAGUGCCCAUGGAAUAAAAUUUAUAUUCGAAAGCCCUCGGAAACUCCUAAAAGUCUUCUUUCUCCUUCUGUGGAUUGCCUUCUCGAUCUACGCUUGCUACAUCAUCUGUACCAAGAUACUCAUGUUCGUUAAUAAACCGACCGGUACAAAGUUCGAGGUCGUUGUGGAUGAUAACGAAAGUGAAAAGAAAGGCAUCAAAUUUCCCACCAUUACUGUUUGCUCCAUGAAUAAAGUCAGAAAAUCAUACCUUGAAAAUGAAGAAAACAGACUGUACAAGGAUUACUUCAACAUUAUCGACCAAUACAACGCAGAACAGGCCAAAGAACUGGCCAACAGGUUGAAUGAUCCGAAUGACGAGAUGUUCGCUAUCAGGAACGAAACUUACGAAAGUUUGUUCCAAAAUGGUGGCCCUUCACCAAACAGACUGUUAAAAUGUAUGCAAAAAAACCAGCACUGUGGUCAAAUGGAAUCGUUUAUGGAGAAGGAUGAAUAUGGUGUUCCAAUUGAUGGUGUGGCACAUUACGUUACCAUGCCGACUUCAAGCUCUGGGAAAUGCUGGAGAGUUAACCCUCAAGGCACGUUAAGAGGUAAGAUGGGCGAUUAUGGUGCUCUGACCCUUAUGUUUUGGGCUGACAUCCAAGACUACUCCAAACGGUCAUCUGAUAGUGUAACCCAUGGAUUUAACGUAGUAUUUCAUGACCACGAAACAUACGGUUCAACCAUAUUUUCUGGCUUCUUGAUGAGUCCAGGGACUUAUUACAAAGUUGAUCUGGGACUCAGGGUCACACUGAGAAAUAAACAUAAGGCCGAAAGCUGCAACGCGUCUCUUGUAAAUACCACAUACGGUGUAUACAAUGAGGGAGCAUGUCUUCAAGAAUGUAAAGAUAGGACACUCCACGAAAGGUGCGGCUGUGUCCAAGUCUUACCUCCUAACAACGAGGGUAAGUACAAGGCUUGUUCUUUUGAAAAGUGGGCCAGUUGUGGGCUGUCUACCUACCUUGAGUGGUAUGGAAACUACACCAAUACAGAAGAUAAAAAGAAAGGCGGUGAAGAAAAUGAAUGCGUGUGUGACACUGCUUGCGAGGAGAAGAACUACGAAGCCUCCAUCAGCAGUGCCACCAUUUCAGACAACUGGGUCGAUAGUGUUCAUAAAAACGUUGGUGGUUUUUUGCAAGGGUUUUCACAACCUGACUAUAACGUGACCUAUUCCACCCCUGACGACAUCUUCAAGAAUCUUAUGGUUGUUGAGAUCCUUUUCACCAGCAUGCAAAAAACUCAGGUCAAUGAAGUCAUUACUUACGAUCUUGGCAACCUUUUCGGUGACGUAGGAGGGGUACUUGGACUGUUCCUGGGGGCCAGCGUGUUUACCAUUAUUGAAUUUAUCCUGUUCUGUGUGAUAAGCUGUGCCAAAUACUGCUGCAAGGCAACUGAUUUAGGAUGGCUAGAACUUAUGCCUUGAGCAAGUUCAUGCCUGCACCUAACUGAUUUAGGAUGGCUAGAACUUAUGCCUUGAGCAAGUUCAUGCCUGCACCUAACUGAUUUAGGAUGGCUAGAACUUAUGCCUUGAGGAAGUUCAUGCCUGCACCUAACUGAUUUAGGAUGGCUAGAACUUAUGCCUUGAGCAAGUUCAUGCUUGAACCUAACUGAUUUAGGAUGGCUAGAACUUAUGCCUUGAGGAAGUUCUUGCCUGCACCUAACUGAUUUAGGAUGGCUAGAACUUAUGCCUUGAGCAAGUUCAUGCCUACACCUAACUGAUUUAGGAUGGCUAGUACGUAUGCCUUGAGCAAGUUCAUGCUUGAACCUAACUGAUUUAGGAUGGCUAGAACUUAUGCCUUGAGCAAGUUCAUGCCUGCAACUGAUUUAGGAUGGCUAGAAUUUACGCCUUGUAUUGAGCAAGUUCAUGCCUGCAACUGAUUUAGGAUGGCUAGAACUUAUGCCUUGAGCAAGUUCAUGCCUGAACCUACUUAAUCUUGUCUCCAAAUUGACGAUUACAACUAUGUUUGAUUAGAAUGUGCAAUGUAAGUGUGCGCUUUGAUGGAUAACGAAGGUUUUGUUGAAUUUUCCCGAUUUCGCUUUGCUUUGACUUUAAGGCCACCCAAAGGUCAAAUAUGUUUGAUAUCAUCACGUUAAAUUAGAUAGCUUUCAUACUAAACCAUAGUACAAGUAUCAAGUUCCUGCAAAAACAUGUCCAUGCACUGGAGACAGGGACAAAAGGAUUUCGCGAUUAUUUUGGCCAAAAAUCGCGAUACCGCGAAUUUUAACAGACUAUACAUUAAACUAUACAUAAUAUUUGUCGCAAAUAAUGGGAAAAAUCGCGAUUCCGUACAUGCCGCGAUUUCCUUUUGUCCCUGACUGGAGAUGAAACUCCCAUUAAAAGUUGAGCUACCUUAUCAUCUAUACUUCUUCCGGCUCUGGUGUUUCCGUUAUCUUCUUAGGAAAUAGACAGACCGGAACAAUAUACAGCCGGAAUUGCGUUGUGCCGGAAAAUGUUUGGUCGUUCUUGUGUGUUUUUGUAGAAUAUACGUCUUGAUAUCUAUUACAUUAGCAUUAUAGAAGAAUUAACAUUUUGUGAUGACUAUAGAUUAAUAGCUAAUAAAAUUAAGUUGAAUUUUAAAUCGGUUAGAUAUGUCUAUUUGAUAGAAUUUGGCUGAUUUUCAUCUUGUUUGAUUGAAUUUUGUUUGGUUUGAUUGGUUUUAUCUGGUUCAAUCCAUGUCGCUGACACCACAAUUUUUAAUGUUAGCUAAAC